UUUUAACCAAAAUUAAAAAUUAUUAGCGAAUUGGUUCACUGUCUAAUUUGCAUUAGACGAAUUGUUGUUCGUUUACUAUUUAAAAUUAGAUCUUCCAUAAAUUACCAUUGAAAGUGAGAUUUGAUCGGGAAAAUAGUGAGCAGUUUUAUGCAAAAAAAAGAUAACUGAAAAUUGAAAUCUCUUUUCGAAAGCAGCCAAGAACCCAUCUGUCAUUAUUCAUUUUGAAGAAAGUUAGUUAAGGGAAAAAAACGUACAAUGAAAGGGAGUAAAAUGUUAAACAGCUGGAUGAAUAGGAGCUAAAUGAAAGCUUGUCAUAAUAGUAAAUGAAAUAGAUAGUUUUCUCGUUCAUCUGGUGACAAAUUAGGGUAACAGAGGUAUUUUGGCCACUUCAUAUAUUUUGGCCCACCUAACAAACUUUAUCGAUUUUAUCGGAUUUUAUCCAUGUUAAGUAACCCAUGUUGCAUCAAUUUGAUGUCUAUCAUAUUAAAUUGCCUAUUGCGGAAGGGUUUUUCAAAGAUAUCACAACAUUUGGUGGAUAUUUGUACAAAGUGGGCCAAAAUAAAAUCAAUCCUAAAGUGGGCCAAAAUACCUCUGUUACCCUAUUACCCGAAUAAGUUAAUAAAUUUCACUUCGCCGGAAGUAAGUAGUUUUGAAAUAUAAAGCGUAAAAUACUCCCCACUUGAAAUAUUUAAAGAUUCACAUUGCUACCCCUCAAUAAAUUUUUUACGUAUCCGUCAGCAAAUGCACGCACCGUCAGCGUUGCCAGGUCAUUUUUCCAAAAAUCUGUCUCUGAUCGGGCUUCUUUUUUAAUGAACAAAAAAAGGUCUAACCAUCUAUCGUAUAAAGGCCAAAAGCGUGAAGAUCUGACGAAAUCUGAGGAAAUUUGUAAAAUCUGGCAAAAGAUCUGGUUAGUUAGAGUGUCUGGCGCCACGAGAAAAAUCUGGCAUUUACCACAUAAAUCUGUCAACCUGCCAACGCUGCGCACCUUGCCGUGUCGCUGUCAGUUCGCAUCAUUUAUAUUACACAGCUUUAUAAAAAACGUUCUGUGCUCUCUUCUGCGCAGCAAAAGUGUAUUGUUAAAUGUGUUGUUGUUAAAUAUUACCCAUUGUUGGCCGAUCUGUUUCUGCUAAUUGGUAAAUCUGAACAAUACAAUUCACUAAAGCAGCUUUGUUUCAGGAGAGCUGACUAAAAAACAAUGUUCGGUACCCCGACCAUCGGCGCAGCGUCCGCCUUCGGGCCAACCACGACGGCACCGUCAAAUCCGAUGAAAGAUUUUGAAGUAACUUCCCCACCGGAGGAUACCGUGUCAGCGAUGGAGUUUAGUCCAGCUACUCUACAGCAGAAUUUUUUGAUUGCCGGUAGCUGGGAUUGCAGUGUGCGAUGCUGGGAGGUUGAACAAAGCGGCAAAACGGUGGGAAAAUCAAUCAAAACUAUGGGCGGUCCCGUUCUUGAUGUUUGCUGGGCAGACGAUGGCACUAAAGUGUUUAUCGCGUCCGCCGACAAACAAGUUAAAUGUUGGGAUCUGGCAUCGGAUCAGUUAGCGCAGGUGGCACAACAUGAUGCUCCGAUCAAAACUUGUCACUGGGUCAAAGGAACCAACUAUACAUGUCUGAUGACCGGUUCGACUGAACCGUUUUUCCUGGGCAAAAUAAAACAGUGCCUGAACGACAUAUUGAACAAUAAUUAUCUAAUCACUAUAGUCUGGGUCCCGGCUCAUUGCUCCAUUCCUGGCAAUGAAAGAGCCGAUAUUUUAGCCAAACGUGGUGCUAUUGAGGGUGAAAUUUAUGAGAGACCAAUUGCUUUCAACGAAUUCUAUAGCUCGUCACGCCAAAGAACACUUGCCAGCUGGCAAGCUUCUUGGGAUAAAGAUGAUUCGGUCCGAUAAUCGGGCCGAUGAUCGGACUUAUACGGGUCGACAAAUUUCACUGGGUCCAGGCCUUGGAUUUGUCUAUAGCUUAAUGUACAAUAAAUUCAAUUUGAAUAUCACGUGAAAAAGGAUGGGGCAGAUACGGAACAGUUGCCCUUUGAAUUCUGUUCGGGUAGACAUGGGUGAUGUCGUAAUGAGAUGCGCUGCGAUGACCGAUGCAAAUGUUGCACGAAUGUCACGUUGAUUUGUUGCAGCGAUGAUGCUACAGUUUUUUUUUGAUAGAUCGAUGGUUAUUUUCCGACACUGAAAAAAAUCUUGCAAAGAAAAUUCUAAUAUCAAUUCUUCUGUCAAAAUUAUUUCCAGGGGCAAAAUAAACCCAAAUAACUUGCCAUCCCUCAAAAUUUGAAAUGGGCCGCAGUUUUUUGACUACUCGACACAAAAUAACCACUCAAGUGUCAGAUUUUACCCAAAAGUUAAAAUUAACUGCGAAAUGGUUCACAGCCUUAGUGUUUCGAAAUAGUGAAAACUUUGAUCUCAAAAUUAUUCUACAAUUGCAAUUCGGUGAUCAUAAGGAGAAUUUGAAGCAAAAAUUAUGUUUUAUUUACAAUACUUUCUAUAUUAACUUUUUGAUGUAUAAGAAAACUACACAGAAAUGUUUUUUUUUUCAAAGAACUGAAACAUUUUUUACAAAGUAGAAAAUAACUUCUCGCCUGUCAGAUUUUAACCAAAAUUAAAAAUUAUUAGCGAAUUGGUUCACUGUCUAAUUUGCAUUAGACGAAUUGUUGUUCGUUUACUAUUUAAAAUUAGAUCUUCCAUAAAUUACCAUUGAAAGUGAGAUUUGAUCGGGAAAAUAGUGAGCAGUUUUAUGCAAAAAAAAGAUAACUGAAAAUUGAAAUCUCUUUUCGAAAGCAGCCAAGAACCCAUCUGUCAUUAUUCAUUUUGAAGAAAGUUAGUUAAGGGAAAAAAACGUACAAUGAAAGGGAGUAAAAUGUUAAACAGCUGGAUGAAUAGGAGCUAAAUGAAAGCUUGUCAUAAUAGUAAAUGAAA